AUGUCCAAGCCGUUUAUUUCCAUUCUUAGCCCACAGGGUUUUAGAGCACUUUUGAGAUCGAGUUCCUCCCAUUCUAGAGUUGUUCCAAUUGAUGCUACGUGGUACAUGCCGAAUUCUCCUCAUAAUGGCAAAGGACAGUACUUGAACGAAGACAGAAUUAAAGAUGCUGCAUUUUUUGAUCUUGACGAAGUUGCGUUGCCAGAGUCCAAAUACCCUCAUAUGUUACCUCCAUAUGAAGUAUUUAAAAAGAAUAUAGAAGCACUCAAGUUACAAAAAACUGAUAAAUUGGUUUUUUACGAUAAAACCGGUAUUUUUUCUAGUCCUCGAGCUGCUUGGACUUUUUCUCUUUAUGGGCAUGGAAGAGUUUAUCUUUUAAAUCACUAUCCCGACUAUAAAAAACAUGAUUAUCCACUUGACACUAAUCCUAAAGACAAUUUAGCCACAAGUGCUGAACUUGGUGAUGCCCACCAUUAUGAAUUGAUUAGUCAAGAACAGUUCUCGGAUAAUUAUCAAGAUCAAGUUAUUGAUUACGAAGAAUUAUUAGCACUUGUUCAGUCAGAAAAAUUAGAAAAGCAUUAUGUCACUUUUGAUGCACGCUCCACCGACAGAUUUACCGGUAAAAGCCCAGAACCAAGACCAGGAUUGUCUUCGGGUCAUAUUCCUGGCGCUUUAUCGUUACCAUUUAACAAGGUUUUGAAAGAAGACGGAAGUUAUAAAAGCAAAGAGGAGUUGAUCCAAUUAUUCAAAGAUGACUUUAACAUAGACGUCACCGAUCCAACAUUAGGGGGGAAAGAAGCCGUUAUUGUUAUGUGUGGUACAGGGGUCACUGCGGUGAUCUUGAAGUUGGCUUUACAGUCUGUUAUUGGAACCGGAUUUCCAAUAAGAGUCUAUGAUGGUAGUUGGACCGAAUGGGCUCAGAGAGCACCAUCUGCUUAUAUUGCAAAAUCUGGAUAG